AUGUGUCUGCACGCCAAAGGACAGCAGCUGAGUUGUCUCGCCCUGAAGGAGCCGGUCUCGAUCAUAGCCAGUGACAGAGUGAUCAAGAAGCUUGAAAUGUCCAUCCUGUCAAGGGUCCGAGAGUGGGUGAGGAUAACAAGAGGCAGCAGGUACCGUACUGUAUGUUGGUUACAGGUGCAGCACUGAGGUCUCUUGAAGACUGCUCUUCACUGGCCCAAAAGUCAGGCAUUAUAUUCUAAUAACUCUAAUCAUGGUAACGAUUUGUCUUGAGAUGGACAUUGGUUUGUGGCUGUUCAAUAUUCACUGAAGUUUGAAUCAGAUGCUGGGAAGUCUUUGAUUAGUGUGAGGAGAGCAGGUGGUUAUUGUAUUUCAGGUAUUGGAUUGAGUUGACAAUGUUCUUACCACUCCAGACCAUUUGCAUACAGCAUACUGUAUGUAAUAUGCUGUGCCAUAUGGAGGUGGGAGUCAUGCUUGGACUAAGCCAUGAUGUAGGUAAAUAAUGAUGUGAUGUCAUAAUAAUCCCAUAGUUUCCACCUCCUCAGCACUAUAUUCUCCUGGUAGGUAAUCUCGUCCCCAGGCUAAUAGCCCAAGAGUCUGGUGAAUGACUUUACUCUCCUGGAGAGAGCAUAUGGAAAUGCCUGUUAUUGUUUUUCUGUCUCUAUCUGUAGUGGCAUGAAAGGAAGCCUUUCCUUUUAAGAAAGCAACAGAACUUCCUGGAGGAGUAACCAACCAGAGCUGUUUUUGAAGCCAGUGGUGGCAGGGUGUGGACUGUGGAGUUCUACAGUAUAGAUACAGAUCCUAACCACAAACACAUAUGGGUGUGCUGUGGAGCCGAACUGCAUUGGUGGAGAGAAGUUUGGUUCUGUAUACCAACAUGACAAGGUAUUUCUACAGUCCAUGUCAUUGGUCUGGUGUAGGGCUGUGAUGGUCAUGGAAUUUUGGAUGACAGUAAUUGGCCAGCCAAAUGACCACUUCACCGUAAUAACUGUUUGAAUAACAAAACAUUAAAAAUAAUGUUUAUCUUUUUUGAUUACACAUUUUCUCCUCUCAUCUGGUCCUGACUGCAUGUGCUGCCAUAGAAAUAGAAUGAAUAGAACAGGCAUCCCCAUUCAUGUCAAUGAUGGCAUAAUGGGUGGACUGCUGUAAAAUGUGUAAAAUAUGUGCUGUGAUUUGUUGAUUCAAUUGAACUGACAUUACAAACAAUACAUUCUAUUGCAUGAGCCACAUCAGUAACAUAAUUUGAAUUAAUAUUCUACAUUAACAUGGAAAUUAUUGCAUCACAAUCCCAGACAGCCAUUGCGAGUGUACCCAUGAGUUUACCAGUCAAAUUGCCAGGGUUAGAGGUUCCAAGCCCUUUCUUUUGAUUCUAUUUAUAUGUGUGCUGCUGCAUUGUGGGGUGCAUUGCCUAGGCAACCGAAGACCCAUUUGCUUGUUCCUGCAAGGCGCAACAAAGCAAAGAUGGUUUAGUAUGAAGACUUUUUGAAACUGCUUCUCCAAUGGAAAUCCCUGAUCACACCUGUAGGUGAUGUCAUGGCGACGUUGGCUAGCUAAGCUUGUGCGCAGAAACAAGUAAUUGGGUCUAACGGUUGCCUAGGCAUGUGCAUGCCGUCAAAUGAAAGGCACUCCUUCGAUAAAGUUGUCUUUGGCUAAAAUGAAAACGUGUCAGUUUGUCACUUUCAUAAGGUUGGAGUAAUAACAUGUUUAGCUACUUAAGACAUUGGCUAGAAUCUAGGUUGUGCGUUUAGAAAUCGAGAAAAUUAACAACUAAGGAAGAAUGUUUCACUUCUCUCAUUGACGUCCCAAACCCUGGUCUGGUCUGCCAAGUCUGCUUCGCAAGAGUCCCCGGAAGUAUCACGAUGUUGGGCCGCUGGGUUUAGAAACUCAGUGAACAAAGUUUCAUCACAUUUUUAAGAGUCCAUGUUAUGGUUUUAGGCUGGGUUUCUGUAUAGCACUUUGUGACAUCUGCUGAUGGAAAAAGGGCUUUAUAAAUACAUUUGAUUGAUUGAUUGAUGGCCGAAACUGACUCAACCGCACAAAGGCCCAGCAGUUUUUUUUAUGGCUAUGACUGUUCUUUUUUUUUCAUGAUUGUCUUCAUCCAUAAACGGUAAUUGUGCCAGCCAUGAGCUUGAGUGCCAGUCUGUUUGUGCUAUCAUGCCAACUCUUGUCAUGCCAUGUUUGGCUUGACAAUGACCGCAGUUGUCAUGAGCGCAAACAGAUCUGACUGGGGCAGUACUCUGACCAUAACUGAUCCUUUUGCUAUUUUCUAUCUUAUCUUAUGUGUAUAGUUGUUGUGAUGUGGUGGCUGUUGUUGUUGGCUUUUAAUGUUUUACCCUGACUUUCCUCCAAAAUCAGUUUCUGUUCCUAGACAGUCUGAUCACGCACACACACACAGACAAUGGGCUAUAAAGUGUUCUUCUCCUUCUAGGAUGGAGACAUCUUGUCUGGAGUUGGCCCUGGAGGGGGAGAGGCAGUGUAAGGUGGGGGAUUACCGUGCCGGGGUCUCCUUCUUUGAGUCGGCGAUCCAGGUUGGCACAGAGGACCUCCAGAUACUCAGCGCCAUCUACAGCCAGCUGGGCAACGCCUACUUCCAUCUGCGGGAGUACAGCAAGGCUCUAGAAUACCACCGCCACGACCUCAACCUCACCAGGUACACAGCACCGCCACAACCUCCACCUCACCAGGUACACACACUUAGCAGGACCUCACACUGACCAGGUACACAGCAGCGCCAUGACUUCUCAAUACCACCACAACCUCACUCUCACCAGGUGCACAGCACCACAUGACAUCACAAUACAGCUACAACCUCACUCUGACCAGGUGCACAGACCCACCAUGACCUCACUCUAACCAGGUACACAGCACCGCCAUGACUUCACUCUGACUAGGUACACAGCACCGCCAUGACCUCACUCUGACCAGGUGCACAGACCCACCAUGACCUCACUCUGACCAGGUACACAGAACCGCCAUGACCUCACUCUAACCAGGUACACAGCACCGCCAUGACUUCACUCUGACUAGGUACACAGCACCGCCAUGACCCUUGGAACCUAAGGUCUGCCUUAAGCCACUGCCUUUAUUCAAGUGAAGACGUCAUAAGACUAGGCAAGUAUGACAGCGAGAGGCUAUGCUGCCCUUAGAAAACUGGUCCAAGGCGAGGUUUGUUAAGCUCUUAAAGGUAAACGUCGGGGAAAAUGAGAGCUGGGAACUGGGGAAGUGACUGCUGAUCUGGAAUCAGUUGGUUGGUUUGGGCAGAAAGCAAGCAAAGCACCCAGGUCACAGUAUCCCAUGGGGAUGAAAACAGUUACCACUUCAAAUGGGAGCAUUACUAGAGUAGAGGGACAAACGCUGAUUUCAAGUAGAGCAGAUUCAAAUUAAAAUGUUCUGGGUCAAGAGAGUGUCUGGCAUGGCACUGUAAAUCGUUGACAUGUCUAAGAUUCUGUGUGGGGAUGUGAUUUCUCUCCAGAACCUGUGGGGAUGAACUUGGAGAAGCAAAAGCCAGUGGUAACCUUGGGAACACUUUGAAGGUUUUGGGACGGUUUGACGAAGCAGUGGUCUGUUGCCAAAGACACUAUGACAUUACCAGAGGGAUGUACGAUAAGGUGAGUACAAGUAAUAUACUGUGAUUGUAAUGAGUAGUAGUCAUCAACCCUGGUCCUGGAGAGCUGAAAGGUGUGCUGAUCUUGGUUCCAGCCCAACACUAAGACAUCUGAUUCAAACGUUCAACCAAAACAUCAAGACCUUGGUUAACUGAGAUUUGGUGCUAGACUGGAACGAAAGCGUGAAUACCCUGGACUCUCCAGGACUAGGGCUGGUGACCACUGGUGGUGGCCAUAACAGGCAGCUUGGUCUUCCACAGCUGAAUAGUUGGGGAACUAGAAUAACUGAGGAAUAGUUAUGUGCUGAUGUUUAGAAUAGGUUGAUGUCCGACCCCUCUGUUUGUGUGCUGGGUAAUGUAUUUUAAGUGUAUAAUUACAACGUUGGUUGUAUUGGUCUGUUCCUGUGCUGGUGGUGCCUGUGUGUGCAUGUAGGUUGGGCAGGCCCGAGCGCUGUAUAAUUUCGGCAACGUUUACCAUGCCAAGGGGAAAAGCAUCUGCUGGACUGGAGCGGAGCCAGGAGAAAUCCCUGAGGAGGCCAAGGUCGCUCUGAACAAAGCCACCGAGUAUUACGAGUGAGUUAAACAGUUGGAUUCUAAAGUGGAAUCUGCUAUUUAAAAUGUGUCAAUAAAUAAAUGUGACUUUUGUUAGUGUGUUACCUUUUUAAUUAUUUUUAUGAUAGUCUGUUGAAAAAUAAGUCAGACAUUUUACAUUAAAUGACAGUCUGUGAUUAAAUUGACUUUGGUAAAUAUGUUACCUUUUUAUAUAUAUUUUUUGUGUGUUUCUGUUUACCAUAGAUUCAACCUUUCCAUUGUGAAGGACUUGGGGGAUCGACCAGCACAGGGGCGGACCUAUGGUAACCUAGGUAACACACACUAUCUGCUCGGAAACUUCCAGCGAGCUGUGGUGGCCCAUGGACAGGUACAUACCCUAACUUAGUGGCAUCAUAGAACCUGACUUGCAUCCAUAAACAGUCAAGGUUAUAGAUUAUAUAGGAUGCGUCCCAAAUGGCACCCUAUUUCCACUAUAUAGGGAAUAGGGUGCCAUUUGGGACGAAGGGAUAGACAUCCCUGUGUAAAUAAUGUUGUAUGGCAUGAUCUCUCUCCCUUAUUAUGUAGAGUGAUUGAGAACCUGUAACCAAUGACCAAUCUGCUUCUUUCUUUAACUUGUUGUAGCGUCUCCUCAUCGCUAAGGAGUUUGGGGACAAGGCGGCUGAGAGGAGGGCCUACUGUAACCUAGGCAAUGCAUACAUCUUCCUGGGCCAGUUUGAAGAGGCGGCUGAACAUUACAAGUGAGUAGUAGAUUACUAGACUCACUUCCUUAGACCAACCAUCAGAGGCCCAGUGCUUUUUCAGACACGCCUGUCUCGUACUCUCUAGUUGGUCCACAUUUGUUUGACAGAUGUUAGCUAACUUUGGUGCAACUUUGGUGGAACGCAUCACUCCUUACUUCUGAGAUGUUUGUUUUUGUUGUACAUUGUCCCUGUCCAAAUUAACUUGAUAAACUUCAUGAAUAAACAUGAGUGAGGGCAGGCAGUGAGAAGAGAAGGAGUUUUAAAGUGAGGUGAAAAUGAUAAGGGAAUAUUGUGUUUUUGGCUGUCUCUGCCCACAGCCGCCUAUAAAUUAGGAACAAGCAAGACCGUUUUUGGUGGUGACCCCUUCUUUUAUUUUUUAUUUUUUAGGGGGUAGAUCAGCUUUAAUAUUGGAGAUAGAUUGUAACGUCCAUCAAUGUGUCUGUCUGCAUCACUUCCAAUCCCCCAUAUAUUUAUUUUGCAUAGAUAUACAUACCUACAUACAUACAUACAAAAAGUUUUGAGAAUGACACAAGUAUUGGUCUUCACAAAGUUCGCUGCUUCAGUGUUAUGAGAUAUUUUUGUCAGAUGUUACUAUGGUAUAGUGAAGUAUAAUUACAAGCAUUCCAUGAAGUUCAUGCAAAGAGUCAAUAUUUGCAGUGUUGACCCUUCUUUUUCAAGACCUCUGCAAUCCGCCCUGGCAUGCUGUCAAUUAACUUCUGGGCCACAUCCUGACUGAUGGCAGCCCAUUCCUGCAUAAUCAAUGCUUGGAGCUCUUGUCCUUCUAGACCUGUCUGCUGCCUUUGAUACUGUGAACCAUCAGAUCCUCCUCUCCACCCUCUCCGAGCUGGGCAUCUCCGGCGCGGCUCACUCCUGGAUUGCGUCCUACCUGACCGGUCGCUCCUACCAAGUGGCGUGGCGAGAAGCUGUCUCCGCACCACGUGCUCUCACCACUGGUGUCCCCCAGGGCUCAGUUCUAGGCCCUCUCCUUUUCUCCCUAUACACCAAGUCACUUGGCUCUGUCAUAUCCUCACAUGGCCUCUCCUAUCAUUGCUACGCUGACGAUAAACAACUAAUCUUCUCCUUUCCCCCUUCUGAUAACCAGGUGGCGAAUCGCAUCUCUGCAUGUCUGGCAGACAUAUCAGUAUGGAUGACGGAUCACCACCUCAAGCUGAACCCUGGCAAGACGGAGCUGCUCUUCCUCCCGGGGAAGGACUGCCCGUUCCAUGAUCUCGCCAUCACGGUUGACAACUCCGUUGUGUCCUCCUCCCAGAGUGCGAAGAGCCUUGGCGUGACCCUGGACAACACCCUGUCGUUCUCCGCUAACAUCAAGGCGGUGACCCGAUCCUGCAGGUUCAUGCUCUACAACAUUCGGAGAGUACGACCCUGCCUUACACAGGAAGCGGCACAGGUCCUAAUCCAGGCACUUGUCAUCUCCCGUCUGGAUUACUGCAACUCGCUGUUGGCUGGGCUCCCUGCCUGUGCCAUUAAACCCCUACAACUCAUCCAGAAUGCCGCAGCCCGUCUGGUGUUCAACCUUCCCAAGUUCUCUCACGUCACCCCCCUCCUCCGCACACUCCACUGGCUUCCAGUUGAAGCUCGCAUCCGUUACAAGACCAUGGUGCUUGCCUAUGGAGCAGUGAGGGGAAUGGCACCUCCGUACCUUCAGGCUCUGAUCAGUCCCUACACCCAAACGAGGGCAUUGCGUUCAUCCACCUCUGGCCUGCUGGCUCCCCUUCCUCUGCGGAAGCAUAGUUCCCGCUCAGCCCAGUCAAAACUGUUCGCUGCUCUGGCACCCCAAUGGUGGAACAAGCUCCCUCACGACGCCAGGACAGCGGAGUCACUCACCACCUUCCGGAGACAUUUGAAACCCCACCUCUUUAAGGAAUACCUGGGAUAGGAUAAAGUAAUCCUUCUAAAAAAAAAAAAAAAUUUGGAAAGUGGUUAUCCCACUAGCUAUAGGGUGAAUGCACCAAUUUGUAAGUCGCUCUGAAUAAGAGCGUCUGCUAAAUGACGUAAAUGUGCCCUUGAGCAAGGCACUUAACCCUAAUUGCUCCUGUAAGUCGCUCUGGAUAAGAGCGUCUGCUAAAUGACUAAAAUGUAAAUGUAAAUGGAGUUUGUCAGAAUUUAUGGGUUUUUGUUUGUCUACCCGCCGCUUGAGGAUCGACCACAAGUUCUCAAUGGGAUUAAGGUCUGGGGAGUUUCCUGGCCAUGGACCCAAAAUGUCCAUGGCCAGGAAUGCAAUCUUACUAGCAGCAAUAUCCUUACCUGUGAAGCCCUUUUUGUGCAAAGCAAUGAUGACGGCACAUGUUUCCUUGCAGGUAACCAUGGUUAACAGAGGAAGAACAAUGAUUUCAAGCACCACCCUCCUUUUAAAGCUUCCAGUCUGUUAUUCUAACUCAAUCAGCAUGACAGAGUGAUCUCCAGCCUUGUCCUCGUCAACACUCACCUGUGUUAACGAGACAAUCACUGACAUGUUGGCAGCUGGUCCAUUUGUGGCAGGGCUGAAAUGCAGUGGAAAUGUUUUUUGGGGAUUAAGUUCAUUUUCAUGGCAAAGAGGGACUUUGCAAUUAAUUGCAAUUCAUCUGAUUACUCUUCAUGACAUUCUGGAGUAUAUGCAAAUUGCCAUCAUCAAAACUGAGGCAGCAGACUUUGCGAAAAUUUGUAUUUGUGUCAUUCUCAAAACUUUUGACCACGACUGUACAUAUAUAUAUCCUUUAAAAAAAAAUAUUUUCCUUUCUUACUUUCCAACCCCACCACCCCUCCCCUAAUUGGAGUAAACUAGUGAACAACAACGCUUAGGCCUCUACUUCCAGCUUAUACAUACUAUAUACAUUUUAUGGACACAGUCAAUUUUACAAUAGUUCUAUUUUGUUUGUUUUUACUCCUGAACUUCUUCAACCCUCAACCUCUCCGAUCAUUUUCAUGAUGUCCAUCCGGUUUGCAUCUAUAUGCCAUAUCUUUCAAACUGUGCUCUUUCACAAAAGUUCUUAACCUAUAACCUAUAUACUUAUUAUGGACACAGUAUGUUUUACAUUAGUUAUUUUGUUGUUAUUAGUUGUUAUUAGUCCCAACCUUCAGCUCCAUUCAACCCCUCCCAUCUAUCUCUUAAUACCAUCCAUAUUGGAUUUCUAUUUGCCAUAUAUUUUCCAACUGUACUGUGAUGUUUCACACAAUUGUAAAUUGAAAAUAAACAGGGGUGACCCCUUCUUCCUCACCCUCUGACCCUUGACCUGUAUGUGCCUCUGCCCUCACCCUCUACCCAGGAGGACUCUGCAGCUGGCCAUGCUGCUGACGGACAAGGCUGUGGAGGCUCAGGCCUGUUAUAGCCUGGGGAACACCUACACACUACAGCAGGACUACCAGAGAGCCAUUGACUACCACCUCAAACACCUCAUCAUCGCACAGGAGCUCAAGGACAGGUACACUAUAUAUACAAAAGUAUGUGGACACCCCUUCAAAUUAGUGUAUUCGGCUAUUUCAGUGACACCUGUUGCUGACAGGUGUAUAAAAUCGAGCAAACAGCCAUGCAAUCUCUAUAGACAAACAUUGGCAGUAGAAUGGCCUUACUGAAGAGCUCAGUGACUUUCAACGUGGCACCGUCAUAUGAUGCCACCUUUCCAACAAGUCAGUUCGUCAAAUUUCUGCCCUGCUAGAGAUGCCCCGAUCAACUGUAAGUGCUGUUAUUGUGAAGUGGAAACGUCUAGGAGCAACUUCUCAGCCACGAAGUGGUAGGCCACACAAGCUCACAGCCCCCUCAGUUGCAACACUCACUACCGAGUUCCAAACUGCCUCUGGAAGCAACGUCAGCACAAGAACUGUUUGUCGGGAGAUUCAUGAAAUGGGUUUCCACGGCCGAGCAGCCGCACAUAAGCCUAAGAUCACCAUGCCAAGCGUCGGCUGGAGUGAUGUAAAGCUCGCCACAUGUAGUGUACACACACACACACACACAGUUCAUCAUCUUUACCCUGGAUGCACAUGCAUUGUUCAACAUGCUCGAAGUGAUCACAGUAGUGAAGUGUACUCUAAAUUCAUUGGGGAUGUCCCUUCUCUCUGUGUUUGUGCAGGGUUGGGGAGGGCAGAGCGUGCUGGAGUUUAGGAAAUGCCCACACAGCCUUGGGGAAUCAUCAGAAGGCCAUUCACUUUGCUGAGAAGCAUCUGGUGAUAUCCAAAGAGGUGCUUGUUUACUGCUACUGGGCAACUUUGUACUCUUCCCGAUCUAAUGCAUGUUAUCAGUACCUGUCAUCUAGUCACAGCGCCUUCUGCUGGACAUCUGAGGAACUACACGGAAAUAACCUGCUCAUUAUUAUCCAAUAAGUCACAACUCUGCGAUAUCCCUAUGGAUAAAAUGAAUGAGGCAAUCUCUUCGGAACUGAUAGGAGGGUCGAUGACAACAACACCUCAACUCUCUAUAUGGGCACAUUCUUUCCUUGCUGUGUUUGAUUUGUGUUCUUCUUAUGUAGCUAGUUCUCCCUUUUCACUUCUCAUCCUGUAUCUGGUCCAGACUGGAGACAAAAAUGGUGAGGCAACAGCCAGGAUGAAUAUGGCAGACCUGAAGUUAGUGCUGGGUCUGGGCCAGAACCCAAGCUCAAGCCUCAACACCAACAACAGCUCUGUUCUGACUGAGAACCACAGGAAGCAGGAUACCUUACCAGGUAAGUCCCUACAGGCCUACCUACCUGUAACAUUAUUAUUAUAAACUAUAUUUAUUGAUUUUAGUUUAAAUAAAAAUGGUCCUGUGUGGCAUAGUUGGUAGAGCAUGGUGCUUCCAACGUCGAUCAUGGGUUUGAUUCCUGCUGGGGCCACCCAUAAGAAAAUGUAUGCACGCACUACUGUAAGUCGCUGUGGAUAAAAGCGUCUGUUAAAUGUCAUGUAUUAUUAUUAUUAUUAUUAUUAUUAUUAUAAAUAACCAUUAUUCCAUUUGUACUCAUUAUUCUGAACCCUACACAAAUCUGUAGUUCAGAGUCAGUCCAGGUGCAAGCCUGGCAAAGUGACACAAAUGACUGUAGAUCCAUAUUGGAGAAAUACCCACUUCUGAUGUUUGUUUUAGGUGUGAAGUCAGAAGGAAGGAGGAACAGUAUGGCGAACUUGGAGCCUAUAGGACUGAGCCCUGAGAAAACUGUAGAAGUGGGUACAAAAAUAUGUACAGUACACAUGCAUAUUAACACUCACAUAGGCUUAGGAUCAGAAAUGUCUCAUCAGUCAUGUUACAAUUGUAUUGAUUUAUUUAAAUGUCGUUUUUAUUGAUUGGUUAUAUAGCAGCAGUGACGUCUCAACUGAACUGCCUAGACACCACUUAUCACCCCCUGUCCUCUGUGUUGUUUAAUCUACUGUCUGCCAUUACCACAGAACUGGGACGAAGACGUAUUCAGGCCUCCUGACCCUAAAUCCAGCAUGGCCAAUGCCUCCUCCAAGCUGUUCUCCAUCAACCGGUUCAGAAGGAAGAAACACAAACACAGCUCUCCUACCAGAGACGGGGUCCUACAGGACACCAGCAACAAGCCCACAGCCCGAGAGAUGGACACACAGGAGUCAGGAGUCAAGGUAGCUUUAACCAUAGUGAUAGGCCUAUACAUAGUGUUUUAAUCAUAGAAAUAUAAAUAAUAGAAUUUGCCUGGCUAUUAUUUUAAAUUCUAUUCCUAUGGCUUCACUAAAGUAGGUCCAUAUUGUGGUAGAUCCAGGCUGUUGUUACAUGCUCAUCUUAGUGAUAGUCUUUCUCAUGUUGGUCGUGACUGAGUCUUUUCUGGUUGUUUUAAUGGGAGUUUUGUUGAUAUUUUCUCCUGUAGAUUGGAGGUUCUGACACUCUGGGUGACGAUGGCUUCUUCGACCUCCUCAGUCGUUUCCAGGGCAGCAGAAUGGACGACCAAAGGUGCUCCUUAUUGGAUGGCGAGAGCCGUCUCUCCGAUCCCUUCUCUCCCUGUACUACCCCGCCCGUAGCCAUGAGGAAAUGUGAGUUAGCCCCGCCUCCCUCUGCAUGCCACACCCACCAAUGUUGCACUUGGUGACCUAAGCGUCAUCCUUGCCUAUCCCUUAUUCUCUUGUCUGGGGGUAGGAGCUCAUGUAUUGGUUAUUUUACUCCUUGUGUUGGUCAUAAUAAAUAAAACAGGUUUGGGAAAAAGGUUGCUUUGGAGAAGUGGAUUUCAGGCUAAACUGAAACUACUCCUUCCUUUCACUCUUUCUGUCAUCACCCCUUCCUCACCUCCCUUUUCCUCUUCCACCUUUUCUAGCUACUUCCGCAUGCGAGGCCAACCCGGAGCCUGGGCAUUUCCUGGAUCUGUGGGCCAGCUCCCAGGGCAGUCAGCUGGACGAGCAGAGAGCCAGCGUGGGCAGCAGCCUCCCCGGUCUACGUCUCAGCACCUCCGAUCAGCCCAUCAGCCCCCACACCAUGCUCAGUCACCUGAUGACCAGUUUUGACCAGCCUCAGGCUGACGACAUCUUCUUUGACAUGCUGGUCAAGUGCCAGGUAAUCAACACAUAGCCUAUUUUAGUUGGCUCACUGACAAAAUGACUUGACUAUUAUUCAGACAAGUCAGCCUAUAUUUGCUUACAUACAGAAUUAGCACCUAUUGUAAAGAUGAUGAAUUGUAACUCAUGUACCAAAUUUAUUGAAAAAGACUAGCAGAAAGAUUACUAAUACUGUUGAUUUAAGAUCACAAUCAGGUCUGUCCCAAUGUGCUUGUGUAGGGUUCAAGACUGAACGACCAGCGGUGUGCAGAAAUUCCCCCUCCCUCCACUAGAGGUCCUACUGUCCCAGACGAGGACUUCUUUAGCCUUAUCCUGCGCUCCCAGGCUAACCGGCUGGACGAGCAGCGGGUCCCACCACCACCACUAAGCUCCGACCCUGACCAGCUUUAGUCUAUUUCUACCUAUCCUCAGUCCAGGCUUGAGCUCAUCUCAGCCCAGAAACCAGCACAUUGAUGAAUUCCUAUACCAAAGCCCUAAUUGAAAAUGGAUCUACCCCCCCACAUUACUCGAGAAUUCAUGGGGUCCUAAUGUACAGACAUCUUAUCCGGGCAGAGAUUUUACAUAAUUGUAUUGAUAUGUUGAUUGGGCUCCUUUCAGCCAUUCUCUGUGUGAAUGACCCAGACGCAAUUUACCCGAUUUGUCAUAGUUAAACUCGUUUUAAUUGCAUUUUUAUUUUGUAUCAUAUAUAAGCUUAUGUUGAUAGAAGAGUUAAGAAAUGGAGUAAAAUAAAUUGUACAGGUCAGCAAUGUUUUAUACUUCCGGUGUAUGCCCACCUUGGGGAAAUAAAGCCUCAUUUUAACAGAAAAUAAAUUGCAUUUCCUUGUCUUAUCCGUGUCCACUCCAAUUCAACCCUUGCUCGUGAUU